AUGGCAAAUAUUGAUUCAGCAAAUGGACGGACGGCAGUCAGAAAACAGAAGACAAAAGACAAAAGAAAGACAGAAGACAGAAGAAAAUAUAAGAAGACAGAAGACAGAAGACAAAAGACAGAAGACAGAAGACAGAAGAUAGAAGACAGAAGACAGAAGACAGAAGACAGAAGACAGAGGACAGAGGACAGAAGACAGAGGACAGAAGACAGUAGACAUAAGAAGACAGAAGACAGAGGACAGAAGACAGAAGACAGAAGACAGAAGAUAGAAGACAGAAGACAGAAGACAGAGGACAGAAGGCAGAGGACAGAAGACAGAAGAAAAUAUAAGAAGACAGAAGACAGAACACAGAAGACAGAAGACAAAAGACAGAAGACAGAAGACAGAAGACAGAAGACAGAAGACAAAAGACAAAAGACAGAAGACAGAAGACAGAGGACAGAAUAUAGAAGAAUAUAUAAGAAGUCAGAAGACAGAGGACAGAAGACAGUAGACAUAAGAAGACAGAAGACAGAGGACAGAAGACAGAAGACAGAAGACAGAAGACAGAAGACAAAAGACAGAAGACAGAAGACAGAAGACGGAAGACAGAAGACAGAAGACAGAAGACAAAAGACAGAAGACAGUAGACAUAAGAAGACAGAGGAUAGAAGACACAGGACAGAGCACAGAGGACAGAGGACAGAAGACAGAAGUCAUAAGAUAUAA